UAACAUACUUUGACACAUCCAUACACCCAAUCACAAUCCUUACUCCUGCCACUUCAGUUUCCAUCUGGGUCCUUGCAUGCUCUUCUUCAACCUCACCAUCCAAAAAAACCAUUACACCCCGCGCACGUUAGCCUCCACCACCACACUCUCACUCCCCAAAUCCCUAAUGCAUAAAAACAAACCUUUUUGAAACAAACCUUAUUGAAACAAACCUUAUUACUAGGUUAAUUCAAUAUCCAAACCCAAACUUCACAAACAAAUUUUGCACUUUCUAUUUCGAUUCAACAAUGAUGGACUCCGAGAAUCACACCCCAGAGGAACACCUACACCCUCACCCUCUCUCCUCAUCCAAAGACGAAUUAGAAAACCUCGACCUCCACAAAAACCUCGACCUCCACGAAAGCCACGAUUCCGUGAAUAGUAAAUCGUACUCUAAUUACCGGAGCGUCAUGUCCACGCUCUCCGAUUCUCAAAACCAUCCUCUCUCUCCGCCGAGUCUCGUUAUACCUGCAGACUCCGAUCCACUCCUAGCUCCACCGCACCGAGAAUUUACAAACCCUAAUUCCGCCGAUAAUUCCUCUUACAUCGACCCUCCCUCUUAUGCAGACGCGACUUUUAGUCUGUUCGACGGUGAGACAUCUUCCAACGGCGGUGAUACUCCGACACGAAGCUCCUCGGAAGGAUUAUUUUUCUCGAGAUCUUCGUCGUCUUCGAGCUCGGAGUAUUUGAAAAUAACGGUUUCGAAUCCGGUUAAGGAGCAAGAGAAUUCGAAUUCGAUUGUUCCUGGGAAUAGUAGCUACGUGACGUAUUUGAUUACGACGAGAACGAAUGUUCCGGAGUUUGGAGGUUCGGAGUUUAGUGUAAGGAGAAGGUUUAAGGAUAUUGUGACGCUUUCGGAUCGGUUAUCGGAGGCUUAUCGAGGUUUUUUUAUACCGCCGAGGCCGGAUAAGAGUAUUGUGGAGAGUCAGGUGAUGCAGAAGCAGGAGUUUGUGGAGCAGAGGAGGGUGGCAUUGGAGAAGUAUCUUAGGAGAUUGGCGGAUCAUCCGGUGAUUAGGAAGAGUGAUGAGUUUAGGGUGUUUUUGCAGGUUCAGGGGAAGCUUCCGUUGCUGACUACGACGGAUGUGGCGUCGAGGGUUUUGGAUGGGGCGGUGAAGCUUCCGAAGCAGUUGAUGGGGGAGAGUUUGAUUGCGCCUAGUGAGGUUGUGCAACCGGCGAAAGGGGGGAGGGAUUUGUUGAGGUUGUUUAAGGAGUUGAAGCAGUCAAUGGCCAAUGAUUGGGGAGGUUCUAAGCCGUUGGUUGUGGAGGAAGAUAAGGAGUUUCUUGCAAAGAAGGAAAGGGUUCAAGAACUUGAACAGCAAAUCAAUGGUGCAUCUCAGCAGGCGGAAUCACUUGUAAAAGCACAGCAAGACAUGGGAGAGACAAUGGGUGAAUUAGGAUUAGCAUUUAUUAAGUUAACAAAAUUUGAAAAUGAAGAAGCUGUGUUGGACUCUCAGAGGGUACGAGCUACUGAUAUGAAAGGUGUAGCAACAGCUGCUGUGAAAGCUAGCAGAUUAUUUCGAGAAUUAAAUUCUCAGACUGUGAAGCAUUUGCAGGAUACACUUCACGAAUAUCUUGGGUUAAUGAUGGCUGUUCAUAGUGCAUUCACAGAUCGCACAAGUGCACUAUUGACGGUACAAACCCUGCUUUCAGAACUCUCUUCUUUGCAAUCAAGAGCUGAAAAACUUGAAGUGGCUUCAUCUAAAAUAUUUGGGGGUGACAAAUCAAGGACUCGUAAGUUAGAGGAGCUACAAGAAACCAUAAGAGCCACAGAAGAUGCAAAAAAUGUUGCAAUAAGAGAAUAUGAGCGGAUCAAGGAAAACAAUAAGAGUGAACUUGAAAGGCUCGAUAAAGAAAGGCAGGCUGAUUUCUUAAACAUGUUGAAAGGAUUUGUAGUUAAUCAGGUUGGGUAUGCUGAGAAAAUAGCUAAUGUCUGGACAAAAGUUGUUGAAGACACUGCCGGAUAUGCGAAAGAAAACACUUGAGCUCUGGCUAUAGAUUUAAAUUUUCAUCUUUAUUCAUUGAUGUGUCAUUAUCAUAAUGUCUAUGUAUUCAUGACAAUAAAUUAAAAGAUGUGUUUUUGCAUGUUCUUAGGUUUUUCUCAUUUGUACCUCAGAACAUUUACACAUCAUUCAAAGGAUAUUUGAUGUUGUACAUUACAUGCUUGUUUUGUUUGUUUGACCCAUGCUUUCCAUGAGGUCUAAUUUUUGUUUUAUGUUAUUUUCGUUUUUAAUUGUCAAAGUAGU